GUAACCACGUCCCAGGGUUCCUGACCUUGCCCUUGACAGCCACCUCUCCGCAGACUCCAGCCAGGCCAGACUCUCCAAACCUGCUUCCGCAAUGGGUGGGUUGUGAGUGAGGGUAAGAUCUGCUAGCCAACAUUUCGGCUUCUCUGUCCUCUCUUUGCCUGGCCAGCCUGGACCAUUCCUUUUCUUUUCUCCCCUGUGCUGCCACCAACCCUGCUGCUACCCCUCUCCUGACCUUGCCACCACUCAGGUAAUGAGGAGCUGUGGGCUCAGCCAGCCUUGGAGAUGCCGAAGAGACGGGACAUCCUAGCGAUCAUCCUCAUCGUGCUACCCUGGACGCUGCUCAUCACUGUCUGGCACCAGAGCACCAUUGCACCCUUACUUACUGUGCACAAGGAUGACGGGAAUGAUGCCAGGCACAUUGCGCCAGGCUCGGAUCCCAGGGAGUACUGCAUGUCUGACCGUGACAUUGUGGAGGUGGUCCGGACUGAGUAUGUGUACACACGGCCCCCGCCGUGGUCGGACACGCUUCCCACCAUCCAUGUGGUCACGCCCACCUACAGCCGUCCAGUGCAAAAGGCUGAGCUGACUCGCAUGGCCAACACGCUGCUACACGUUCCCAACCUGCACUGGCUGGUGGUGGAGGACGCACCCCGGCGCACGACGCUGACAGCUCGCCUGCUGCGUGACACAGGCCUCAACUACACACAUCUGCACGUGGAGACGCCCCGCAACUACAAGCUGCGAGGCGAUGCCCGUGACCCUCGCAUUCCCCGUGGCACCAUGCAGCGCAACUUGGCUCUGCGUUGGCUGCGCGAGACCUUCCCCCGCAACUUCAGCCAACCUGGCGUGGUAUACUUCGCAGACGAUGACAACACCUACAGUCUGGAGCUCUUUGAAGAGAUGCGAAGCACCAGAAAGGUGUCUGUGUGGCCAGUUGCCUUCGUUGGUGGUCUCCGAUUUGAGGCACCUCGGGUGAAUGGAGCAGGGAAGGUGGUUGGCUGGAAGACAGUGUUCGAUCCCCACCGACCAUUUGCCAUAGACAUGGCUGGAUUUGCCGUCAAUCUACGGCUCAUUCUUCAGCGAAAUCAGGCCUACUUCAAACUGCGGGGUGUUAAAGGAGGCUACCAGGAAAGCAGCCUUCUCCGAGAACUUGUCACCCUCAGUGACCUAGAGCCCAAGGCAGCCAACUGUACCAAGAUCCUGGUAUGGCACACACGGACAGAGAAGCCAGUGCUGGUGAAUGAGGGGAAGAAAGGCUUCACGGAUCCCAGUGUGGAGAUUUGACCACGGGGACAGG